AUGACAUCGAUAACUUCUUUUGAAUGUGGAAGCAAUGAUGAGACUGGUCUGCUCACAAAGAUCUACCAGACGAUUACCGACGCUAGAUGUUUGCUUCGCGGAAUAAUAGCCAAAAACAUCGCACUGUUAUUCGACAUUCAUCUCUGUGUCAGCAUCAAUUUCGACGAUAACUGCCUGAUGGCUGGGUAUCCUAGAUAUCAAGGUGAGCACUUACGCCCUGGAGUUUGUAUCUUCUACGAUUCUGGAGUCGCUUUUGACGAAGUUGAGCCAAAUUCCUCCACCAGGUUAUCGCAAUCGUCCCUCACAGCUACUGCCCAGUCCCUACUUUCUUCUCACCACAUUGCCUCACCUAUCAAAAUUCGCACCGGUCCUGGACAUAUUCCCAAUCAAGAAAGUGGGAACACGAAUGCUAACUGCUGCUCUAACGAUUCCAAGUCGUGUCUAUUUUACAUUGUAUUGGUGUCGAAGGAGUGCUUAAAGUGA